AUGGAGUCAAUAAGGUUACUUUUUGGCAUUGCAUCUCAUUUUAAUUUUAAAUUAUUUCAAAUGGAUGUUAAAAGAGCUUUUUUGAAUGGUGACCUUAAGGAGGAGGUGUAUGUGGAACAACCCAAAGGGUUUACUCAUCCCUCAUUCCCUGAUCAUGUGUACCGCCUUCGUAAGGCCCUUUAUGGCCUUAAACAAGCCCCUCGAGCUUGGUAUGAACGUUUAACCGAUCAUCUUUUAAAUACCGGCUUUGUGAAAGGGGGAGUAGACCGAAUUUUAUUGCUGAAGAAAAUUGAGAGCGACCUUUUAAUUGCUCAAAUAUAUGUUGAUGAUAUUGUGUUCGGUUCCACAAAUGAGCGGCAUGCAAAACAAUUUGAGGCACAGAUGUCCCAUGAGUUUCAAAUGAGCCUAAUGGGAGAAUUGACUUACUUUCUAGGCUUUCAAAUUCUUCAGUUGAAUGAUGGGAUAUUUUUGUUCCAAUCCACAUAUGCAAAAGAAUUGGUCAAAAAUUUUGGUUUGGAAGAUUCCAAGAGUAUUCGUACUCCCAUGGGUUCCACCGUUAAAAUUGCUAAAGAUAUUGAGGGCGUUUGUGUUGACUCCAUGCUUUAUCGUAGUAUGAUAGGAAGCUUAUUAUAUCUUACUGCUAGUCGUCCCAAUAUUUCGUUUAGUGUUGGAGUGUGUGCCCGCUAUCAAUCUAACCCUAAAGAGUCUCACUUGAUCGCUGUCAAGCGAAUUAUUCGUUACAUUAAGGGCACCUCCACGCUUGGUCUUUGGUAUUCUGAAGGUACUAAUGUGGACUUAGCCGCGUUUUCCGAUGCCAAUUGGGCUGGAAGCGCGGAUGAUAGGAAGAGUACCUCUGGUGGUUGUUUCUAUUUGGGAAACUACUUGGUUGCUUGGCAUAGCAAGAAGCAGAAUUGUGUUUCAUUGUCCACCGCAGAGGAAGAAUAUAUUGCCGCUGUUUGCCUUGUUGGGUGUUGGAGGUGUCUCUUUUGGGUGUUGCUUUGGGUUUUAGGUGUCAGAUGUCUUUGUGGAAGUGGUGCCUUUGUUGGUUUCUUGCCAGUCUUGGAUUGUUAUUCUCUCCCUUUGGGUCCAUAUUGGCACAUGAUUGUUGGAGCUUGUUGUUUUCCCUUGUGGGUUUUCUCUUCUCCAACUUGA